AUGAGACAAACGGCUGACCUUGGCGAAGGUGAGAAACUGAGUUCUGUACGAGGCGUGAAAGCAGCCGAGCGUGAGGGAUGGUUUCCAGUUUGGAGUAUUUGUCAGCGGGAGGAGGUCAUGAGCGGUCUCAGCUGUGACUCUCAAACUCCUGAGUUUCAUUUAGAGGAUGGAGACAAAGCGCCGAGAGAGAAAGAGAGAGAGAAGGAGACGACACGCUCGACUUUCCCUGAGGCCCUGAAAGAGACACGGGCUUCACAAGCAAGUGUUGGAGCGACUGUCACAAAAUGCAAUUGGACACACAACAGUUGGGACUUUUUAGGCUGA